CCUAGGCCUGGCAGGCAGACAAUGCUUUUUUCAAUAUUGUUAUUACUGUCAUAACCCGGCGGACACAUUGUAUACCACAGAGCAGCCAGCACAGAGCGAGGGGACAGCCCGGCGGGAACAGGCACCAGAUUCCAGGAUGGAAAUAUACAGUAGGAACAGCACCAGGCGAGUGCGGAGUAGUAGUCGUUUAUCUGUAUCUGGUGCCUCCGCAUCCCAGACAACUGAAAAAUGGGGUGAAAAAGAUGGUAGUCCUGAAGAAUCUGUUGCAAAAAAUCUUGACAGAGACUUGUAUGAGGCUGCUGGUCUAACUGCAACUAGUCUCCAAGAUGAAUCAAUGCUCUAUCAAGGAAAUGAGCAAGCUGUCCAGAAUGGAGUUAUUGUAUCAGAAGUUAUCAGCUCCAAAAGAAAUAAAAGAUGGCCUGCAAGAUUGUUCUCCAUGCUGUGCUGUCUUGUCGUUGUUUGCAUCCUCGCUGUUAUGCUUACAGUUAUUUAUCUCAUGAUGGAUGAUAUGAAAUCUGGAAGAGGGGUCAAUGAAGAUGGAGUAAAAACUAGUAUAUUAGGAUUCUGGGGCUUGUUUGUCCUGUCUGUCAUAGUGGGACUUUCCUGCUGCAGUUUUUCCUGGACUGUGACAUAUUUUGACUCAUUUGAACCUGGAAUGUUUCCACCUACUCCGUUGUCCCCAGCACGUUUCAGGAAAAUGACAGGACACUCUUUUCACAUGGGAUAUACCAUGGCGAUUCUUAAUGGCAUUGUAGCAGCGCUGACUGUCAUUUGGUGCUUGAUUUGAAUGGACACAAUGCAAGGAUCUCAAUUUAUGUACAACUCGCUGAAUAUUAGAUAUUGCUAACACAUACCAAUGCUAAUGCAACUAUGUGAAUAUGUCCAGUAUUGAGGAAAUUUGUAUGGUUUUAUAAAUAUAUAUGUAUAUUGGUUUGAAUGAUUUGUAAUUAACAUGAUUUAUAUAUUUAUGUAAUAACGCUGUUUAUACAGAAAGGAAUUUAUAGGAACUGUUUAUAUUCAGUUUUAUUUUAUGUUUUAGGGUAACUUAAAGUACAGUAGUUUAAAAUAACACUCCAAACAAUCAUGACCCUUAUGGCAUGCUGUAGUGGUUAUGGUGCCAAGAGUGCCAUUGGCCCCCUCUCCCCUAUUGUAAGUAGUCAAUCUGUUUGACUUCUUACCUGGACUUCUUUGCUGGUCACUAUUCCUUGUCUCUCGGUAGCCACCAGGAGAGCUGGACCUCCUGCUCAGGAGCCUCCAUUUAGCUCUGCUGAGCGAAGUCAGUAUGUUGGCUUAGAGCAGGGGUGUGGAAACUUUGGUGCUCCAGAUGUUUUGGACUACAUCUCCCAUGAUGCUCCUACAGCCAUAAUGCUAGCAAAACAUCAGGAGAUAUGUAGUACACAACAUCUGGAGAGCCUGAAGGUUCCCCACCCCUGGCUUAGAGCAUCAGCUGAUUGCUCUCAGCCAAUAAGGUAAGCCUUGCACCUGCAGGCUUAGGUGAGAGUGGUGCCUGGAAGACCCCAGGUGAGAAGACAAACUGCUUUAAAAUGAGUUAACUACUUAUAUUGGGCAGGGGUACCAGGUUACCCCUGGCACUAUAUCCACUGCAUUGUGUUGUAGUGGUUAUAGUAUUUGGAGUGUUCUUUUAAGUAUAGGAGAGUGUUAGAGGGAUGGGGAUAUAUAUAUAUAUAUAUAUAUAUAUAUUAGGUUUACUUUACUAUGUUUUCAAAAUUAGAAUGCUCUUGAAAUAGUUUCUUCAAAUGUGUUUCAGAAAAGGAAAAUGUUGCCAAAAGUUUAAAUUAUUUAUAUUGUAUCAUAAAUGUAAAUUAAAUAGGCAUGUAUUUCUAGGAAUGUGGUGUAUCAGGGGCCCCAGGACUUUUCAUUUCAUUUAAGUAUUUUAAACAUAUUCAAAUGGCACAAAUUACAGUCAGUGAUGGCAGAUGUCUUCCCUGAAUAUCAGAAUGUGAUGGACUGUUCUAUCAAUGUAUUGAGCAGGGAACCCAUUUUCUCAGAGACCCCAACAAAAAGACCUAUAUGAUCUGCAUCGCUUUC